AUGGAGCACCGUAGGAAGGGGCUCGAGUGUUUUGCUGUUCCCGAGCCUAGCGGAAUUUUCCUAUCCUUCAUAAUACCGUUAGGAGGGCACACGCCAAAGGAAAUGGUUUCUUCUAUGUACAAUGGAAUAUGCCUAGACUUGCAGAAGAUCCUUGUGGGAAUAGGCCGAGCUUCGAUAUCUAAGGACGUGGGGAACAAGGUUCAAGUAUCUCUGAAUGUGAACCAUCGCUACAGCAUCCAUCAAAUGAUGAAGCUAGUUAGUAAGUGCUUUAGAUAUUGCUACAGAGUAGAGAUACCUCUCUGCCUAUAUCCGAUGAAAGCCGAAAUAACUGAAAAGAUGAAAGAAAUAAUGGAUGCCACGGAGACUUCCAUCUGCAUCAAGAUAGAUGGCAAGGUUGAGGCCUUUAUAUGUGGAAAAAGAAGGGCGUGCCUGGAUGCAAGAAUGAAAAUACUCCUAAUGAUUGAAAAUGCAUUUGGAAGGACCACCGAAAUUAGAAGAGUAGGUAUACCUGCAAAGGAGGUUGUCAGGAAUGGAGGGAGGGUGUUCUACCACUCGAGAAUAAAUUCUGACGAAUGUCUUAUAUCCCACAAUGGGGCAGCCAUUGAUCUCCAGGAGCCUGAAAAGGUAGUUGAAAGGCUUGUACUCGACUCCCAAAAGACUGCACAUUUGCUUUCAUAUAAGGGAGCUGAGGUUGAGGAUAUUCUGUCUGACACUCAAUCAUACAUUGACACAAGAGAAAUAUGCGAAGAUUACACGGAGGUGAUUUUAAAAGGAUUUGAUCUGUAUGAGGUUAGAAGAGCAAAGAAUAAGAUAAAUCUACUGUACAAUAGCAUAAUGAAAAUGGUGGUAGAGAAUAUGAAGUAUCCUAGCUAUGACGGUGUUUUUAUACUUCAGAUCAAGAACAUAAGCUGUGGAUUCAUGGUCAUUGGUGAGAAGCAGACUCUAUUGAGGAUAGUGGAGGAGAAUGGAGGAUAUGUGGAAGGCGAGAUGGAUAUUGAGACAGAAACUGUCGAGUUUCUCUGUGGAAAGAAGAAUGGAAAAAUUACAAGAAUAAUGAGAGAUGUGUGCUGUGGAAUUGCAAUUCACAAGAGGCCUGGAAGUACUAGGAUCCAUAUGGUUAUAAGUGGAUCUUCCGGAGCAUUCAAAAGCGCCUUAGAAAUGAUUGAAGACGAGUUUCCGGAGGAGUUAACUUUUUAUAUUGAUGAGAGACAUCAUAAAAGAAUAAUUGGGUAUGGAGGUAAGAAUAUCCAAAAGAUAAUGAAAAAGCAUGGCGUCUAUAUAAAGUUCAUGAACGAAAGGGAAAGAAAGAGAUUUGCAUACAAGGACAAUGUUGUGAUAAAGACUCCACGCAAGAACAUCGAGAAUCUUGUCAACAUGAAAAAUGAUGUGAUGGGCUUGAUAGGCUGCUUCAGAGAUGAUUCCGAGUGUGUGGAAACAAUGGUAUCAUUGCAUGAUUUUUACGACCUGGAGUACCCAAUAUACCGGUUUCUCUAUAACGAGGCCAUUAUUAGAGGCUCGGAAGCUGGUGCAUCGUAUUACCUUAGUGAAAGCUACAGAACAAGCACCGGUCCUUAUCAUACAUUUAAACUAAAAAACUGCAGUCAAUGGUUCAUAAAAACUACGGAGACACUCCCUUUAGAAAGAGUUUCUACAGUUCACUGGCUCAAGGGGAUUGAAAGAAUGUCUGUAUUUUCGUGGCUCUUUGGCCAUGGAUAUAGCUCCCUCUUCAAUACGGAAAGGGAGGAGAAAGUCAAGGGCCAGGUCCACCUUUUUGAAGUAGGAUUCUUAUCCAAAAAAUAA